AUGCCGCUUAUACACCAGGACACUAGCCGGGGUGGCGGCGGCUCUGAGGAGCACCGCACCCUGGCUGACUUCCUGGGUCUCGACACCACGCAGCUACCGGAGCCUGUGUCAACGCCAGUCGUACAUCGCAACAGUGAGUGUGGUGGUGACGGUUGGCGCUGGGAGGAGGAGCCUAGCAGCCCGGAAGCUGCGCAGACGCCGCGAGCGCUCGUACCGCCCGCCUGCUUUCCGCCCAGACAUCCCACGGCCUUCACUAGUUAUAGUGAAAGCGCGCAGCCCGGCAGCCUCUGGUCCGAGGAGUGCGCCUCCGAACAAGGCAUUACCGAUCUUGUGGCAGCCUUAAGAUACAGUCAGUGGAUGUUUCAGAAGGCCCUGGCGAUGCCCACCGCGUCGGUGUCUCUGCCGCCGGCGCCGCUCGGCUGUGAUCGACUAGAGCGCUUGGAAAGAAUGGAAGGAUUCGACAGAGACGAGCCGUGGAACGACCAGAACUCCAGGGAACACCGCGCUUCUAUGCUGCCCAGGCGAGCUUCUUUUUGUGGAGUGGUAUCGAAUGGCCGCAAUGGGAGCGAGGUGUUGCGCUGGGGGGGCAAGUUACCCCCGCGGUGUGUGGACCCCUCUGGGGGGUUCAGCUCCAAAGUGUUCCUUGGGGGUCUGCCGUGGGAUAUCAAUGAAGCCUCGCUUAUGCAGACGUUGAAGCAUUUUCAACCAAUACGUGUGGAAUGGCCAGGCCGCGACGGUCCCCCGGCGCCGGGCGGGUCGGGCGCGGCGCCGGGCAGCGGGUGCCCGCGCGGGUUCGCGUACGUCAUAUUCGAGAGCGAGCGCCGCGUGCAAGUGAUCCCGUGGGCGCUGACGGACUCGAACUGGGUGUGUGGCGGGUCGGUCCGGCUGGAGCCGGCGCGCACCGUGUUCGUGGGCGCGCUGCACGGGAUGCUCUCCGCCUCCGCGCUCGCUACCAUCAUGAAUGAUCUGUUCUCGGGGGUUGUAUAUGCAGGAAUAGACACGGACAAGUACAAGUACCCGAUCGGUUCAGGUCGCGUGACGUUCAACAACGUGCGCUCGUACGUGCGCGCCAUCUCCGCCGCCUACGUACAGAUACAUACUGACAAGUUCACUAAAAAGGUACAAGUGAACCCAUACCUAGAGGACUCGAUGUGUUCCGUGUGCAACCUGCAGCAGGGGCCGUACUUCUGUCGGGAGCCGACCUGCUUCGGCUACUUCUGCCGGUCGUGUUGGUCGUGGCAGCACUCGACCGACAACCACAAGCCACUGAUGCGCAACUCCAAGAGUACCAGCACACGCGCCAUCCUGCCCACGCAGGAUACCACUGACCACCACAAUUAUAAUGGUAUCUACGGACACGCUAACGAAAGCACACCAUCUCCCGCGACGAGCGGUACGAGCGGCACGAGCGAGGAGCCCGGCAGUGGCGGCAGUGGAGUGAGCGAGGAGGCCGAGGGCGGCGGGGACGACGCGGCCGAGGGCGCAGUCUCCAGCUGGCUCAACUAGUCCUCCGCGCCGCAGCCCUGCAGUGCCCGCAUUACGCCACGGCCCUGCAUUACGCCGUGGCCCGCAUUACAUUACGCCAUGGCCCUGCAGUAAGCUGCAGCCCGCUGUUGUCGACCCGCUAUUAAGUUCGGCGCUUCGCCAACAUUUUGCUUGUUUGUUGAUUCAUUACGGUAAGGUACUCGAACGUUUUGAUAACCUCCAUUUUUACUUUAGUAUUUUAGUUUUAUUUCAUGUAACUUC